CUGCAUCUUCUUCUUCUUCUUAUUCUUUUUCUGCUUCUUCUUCCUCUGCAUCUUCUUCACUUCACUGUUUCACUGAAAACGAUGCUAGAUCGCCACCGCCGCUGAGCUCCGCAGUCUCUCUCCCCCGCCCAUGUCGCCGCCGCCGCCGCCGCCCUCGCCGGAGCCGGCGCCGGCGCCGCAGCGGGCGCUCCCGAGCCACCGCCCCCUGCUGCCGUCGCGGGUCUUCACCCCCGUCGCCGCCUCCGCCGCCGCCUUCUCCUGCCUCCUCCUCCUCGUCGUCCUCUUCCGAAAGCUCACCCGCAAGCGCACCGCCCCCGCCGCCGACGACUCCAAGCCGCCGUACCGGUUCCCGUACGCCGCCCUCCGCCGCGCCACGGGUUCGUUCGCCGCGGCGAACCGGCUCGGCCAGGGCGGCUUCGGCUCCGUCUUCUCCGGCUCCCCCCUGCCGCCGGCGAACAAGCCGAUCGCCGUCAAGCUCAUGGACUCCGGCUCUCUCCAGGGCGAGCGGGAGUUCCAGAACGAGCUCUUCUUCGCCGGUAUUCUCAAUUCGCCUUACACGCUCCCUGCGCUAGGGUUUUCGUUCAAUAAGAAGCGUCGUAGGAUGUUGAUAGUCUACGAGUUGAUGCCUAACGGUAAUCUCCAGGACGCACUGUUACAUAGAAAGUGUCCGGAGUUGAUGGAGUGGAAGAAGAGAUUCUCUGUUGCGGUUGAUAUAGCGAAAGGUAUUGAGUAUCUCCACUCUCUAGAUCCGCCUGCUAUUCAUGGUGACAUCAAGCCUAGUAAUGUGCUCUUGGACCAGUACUUCUCGGCCAAAAUCGGCGACUUUGGCCUCGCGAGGUUGAAAUCGGAGAAUCAGUGUGAAAUUACCGUGUUGGAGAGUGAUAUAGGGAAGGCAAAUGGUGGAUCUGAGGCUAAUAAGGUCGAGGUCGAGAGUAAUGGUGCUGGUGUUGCGGUAGAGGAUGCUGGAUCUGUGCUCGAGGAUACUGAGAGUGUGGCGACCACCACAUUCGAGGAAAACAACGCAGGCAGUGUGGAUCAGUCGCCUGAGAGUUUCGUUAGGAUUCCAAUCUCGGAGACAUCACCUGAGGCGGUGACAGCAUCUCCAUGGACUGUAGGAGGCGUGGCAACUACAUCACCGGAGGCGAACUUUGAUAAGUUGAGUGUUGAUAGUGGGAAGAGGAGCUAUAAGGGGAUGAUGAAGAGUGUUUCCGGGAAAGAUUGGUGGUGGAAGCAGGAUAACGGGGCUGCGGAGACUGGAGUGGUGAAAGAUUAUGUGAUGGAAUGGAUUGGAACUGAGAUCAAGAAGGAGAGGCCAAAGAGUGACUGGUUGGGGGCUGGUUCUUCAAGCAAUGGGACUGUUACGAAACCAGAGAAGAAGAAGAAUAGAAAGCGGUUGGAAUGGUGGGUAUCCAUGGACGAAGAGAAAAAUGUGAAGAGCACGAAGAAGGAGAAGAGAAGGCCAGCGAGGGAGUGGUGGAAGGAGGAGUAUUGUGAGGAACUCGUGAGGAAAAAGAAGAAGAAGAAACGGCAAAUGGGGGUCAGUGAUGAUAAUUACGCUGAGGAAGAUUGGUGGCCCAGGGAUGAGGAGUUACAUGCGGAUAGGAAGAAGAAGAGUAAGAGUAGGAGCAGGAGGAGUAGUAAAAGUAGUGUGGACUGGUGGUUGGAUGGACUGAGUGGAGAGCUAUGGAGAGGUCGACGGAAUAGCUAUGAUUUUUCCGGAGAGAUUCCUAAGAGUGGUGGUGUUAGUAGUACUCCCAGUAUGAGGGGAACUGUGUGUUAUAUUGCCCCUGAGUAUGGUGGCGGUGGCGAUCUCUCAGAAAAGUGUGAUGUGUACAGUUUUGGAGUGUUGUUGUUGGUUCUUAUUGCAGGACGUCGCCCACUUCAAGUAACCGGCUCGCCCAUGUCUGAAUUCCAGCGUGCCAAUCUUUUAUCUUGGGCUCGUCAUCUCGCCCGAAGCAGAAAGCUUCUUGAUUUGGUUGAUCAGUCUAUUCAGUCUUUGGAUCGCGAACAAGCACUUUUGUGCGUCACAGUUGCUUUACAAUGUUUGCAAAAGUCACCUAUUCGCAGGCCUUCCAUGAAGGAGGUGGUGGCAAUGCUUACAGGGGUCUCUGAACCACCGCAAUUACCAUUAGAGUUGUCUCCUUCACCUCCCUCCCGGUUUCCUUUUAAGUCACAGAGGAAAGUCCGGUGAGUUUGCAACAUCUGAACUAUUGACGCACUUACUUCAUCUUUGCGGAUGAUCUGUGUAAAGAAAUCUGUAUUUGUAUUUUCAUUUUAUUUAAUGGAUUUGGGAUUUUCUUCA